AUGUUUUUGGUCGUAUUUUAUCCAUACUUGAAUAUAAUUUCGCGACGUCGAAAGAUUGGGCGUUUUAUGGAGGGUUUUGGCAAAAAGGAAUAUCCUGUUCCAUUCAGCUCCAUUGUAAAAAACACGGUAUCCAGUACUCAUUCAUUAAUCACACGCCUUGGUGAUCAUUUAAACCGAGGAAUCCAGCUAGUUGGAGAGGAAUUCUUGGAAAAGAAAUGUCAUAUGCUAUUUACAUUCUAUACGAAGCUCCUAAUUGCUGUGUUGGAGGAGUCCUCGAAGAUUGAUGAUGCAUUGCUCGCUAAAAUCAUUCCGCUCAUCGCAAUAGGGCUCAAAAGUGCUCUCCCAUCUUUCCGUCAGGCAUCGUUGAUGGUAAUCUGUCAGCUGGCCGUAACCGUGAAGUUAACGCCAGAUGUAGUGGCAUCACUCACGAAGGUUGUAUUGAUGAAGCUUCGGAGCAAUUCACUGGAAAGCUCGCUGUCAACUCUAAUUGUUUUAUGCCAACAACAAUCAGUGGAGUCCCUGUCAAUCAAAGCAGUUCUAAAAACGUUGCGCAAUGAGCAAGAGGUUUGGUCGGCUCUGAAAAGUUAUCGAGAAAAAACUGAUCUAACUCCACUUUUGAAACCUCUAUGGGCAACUCUGUUCUCCAUUGCUAAUGAAGAGUCAUACGAAGCAGAUCACAAGCAGUGCUUGCAUGCGUUAAGAGAAACCUCUGAACCAGAAAAUCUUCAUGGUCCGCAGGCAGCUGUUUUCUUAACGAAGCUUCUUCAGUAUCCAGAACUGCGAUUGCUCUAUGAGAACAAAAAGUUUUGCAAGCACGUUUACAGCUUGGUGGCCAGAUUCUCGGAUCAAUGGGAAGAAAUUUGUGCGGAAUGGACUUCACGUGAUGAGAACGUCCUUACUUGCAUUGUUAAACAUUAUGCUUUGGAACCACUCAUGAUGGUUCAUGCACGAAACGAGGCAAAAAAGAAGCGUUCUCGACGAAGGUCCAAUUCCAUGCGUAAAAGCCUCUGCAAUGUUGAAACAAAUGAUAAAACAGAG